GCCCCGGCUGGCCGAGGGAGGAUGGCGGAACAAGGCGCCGAGAACCUGUCGGUGGUGGUACAUCGCGCCGGGGACCUGCGCCUGGAAAAUCGCUCGGUCCCAGAACCAGGUCCCAAUGAGGUGCUGCUGAGGAUGCAUUCGGUCGGGAUCUGUGGGUCUGAUGUCCACUAUUGGCAGAAUGGUAGAAUUGGGGACUUUAUCAUAAAGAAGCCCAUGGUGCUAGGGCAUGAGGCAUCCGGAACCGUCAUCAAAGUGGGGUCAUCAGUAACCCAUCUGAAGCCAGGCGAUCGAGUGGCCAUUGAGCCUGGUGCUCCGCGAGACAUCGAUGAAUUCUGCAAAAUCGGACGCUACAACCUGUCUCCGACUAUCUUCUUCUGUGCGACACCUCCUGAUGAUGGAAACCUGUGCCGAUAUUAUGCACACAAUGCCAGCUUUUGCUACAAGCUUCCAGAUAACGUCACUUUUGAAGAAGGGGCCCUCAUUGAACCACUUUCUGUGGGAAUCCAUGCCUGCCGAAGAGGCGGAGUCACUCUGGGAUCCAAAGUCUUAAUCUGUGGGGCUGGACCCAUUGGGCUAGUUUGCUUGCUCGUCGCCAAGAUGAUGGGUGCUGCCCAGGUAGUAAUCACUGAUUUAUCCGCCUCCCGCCUGGAAAAAGCCAAAGAGGUCGGGGCAGAUUUCACCAUUCAGAUAAAGAAAGAAACCCCAAAGGACAUGGCCUGCAUGGUGCAAGGUUUGCUUAACUGCAUGCCUGACAUAACCGUGGAGUGCUCCGGGGCAGAGGCCAGCAUCCAAACUGGCAUUUACGCCACUCGCUCGGGCGGGACCCUGGUUCUGGUGGGGCUGGGACCGGAGAUGGUCCAUGUCCCCAUCGUGAAUGCUGCUGUGCGGGAGGUGGAUAUCAAGGGGAUAUUUCGCUACUGCAAUACGUGGCCCAUGGCGAUUUCUAUGCUUGCAUCCAAGAGAGUGGACAUCAAGCCUUUGGUUACACACCGCUUCCCUUUGGAAAAAGCGCUGGAGGCCUUUGAGACAACCAAGAAGGGUUUGGGGGUGAAAGUUAUGCUAAAGUGUGACCCCAGUGACCAGAAUCCCUGAAGCAUGGCACUGCACUCCUCCCCUAUUAUACUGCCUGGCUUAAAGACGACGAAUGGGCUCUAUAGUGAGAUGGGAACUGUAAUGAUAAGUUUAUAAGUAGUAUGUAGUGUUUGGGGAAU